UGUCUGCUUUGUAUAUCCAGAGGAAAAUGUGUAUUGCCAAAAGCCUCCAGCCAGUUUACAUGAUCUCAUCUGCUUUCUAGAGCGUUAGGAGAAAACAAACAGAAGAGCAGGAAGCACUUUGGGGAGCAUGGACGACAAGAGACGAAGAGUCAGAGUGCAGGGUGGCUGGGCUGGUCCUGCCAAGAGUCAGGCUACUGGGCAGCCAGCGUUCAGGGCCAAAGGCAAUCCCCACCAAGGCCUUGGACAGACCUGGAUGAAAAAGGAGUUGCCUCUGCCAGAAAAACAGUUUGUAUAUGAAGAACCAAAAGAAGAGGUUGUACGUCGGAUCCCAGAGCCACAAAUGAUCGACAAAGAAGGUGUCUAUGAAAUCAGCUCAUUACCCACAGGCAUCUCUCGGAUACAUUUGUUUCCCAAUUUCAUUGAAUCAGAAGAAGCAGACUGGAUAUUUGAACAGCUGUGCCAAGAUAUUCCUUGGAAGCAGAGGACUGGUAUCCGAGAGGAUACAAGUUAUCUGCAGCCAAGACUGACAGCUUGGUAUGGAGAACUCCCAUACACGUAUUCCAGAAUCACCAUGGAGCCUAAUCCUCAAUGGCAUCCUGUGCUGGGCACGCUGAAGAGGCGCAUCGAGGAGAACAGCGGCCACACCUUCAACUCGUUACUCUGCAACCUCUAUCGAAACGAGAAGGACAGUGUCGACUGGCACAGUGACGACGAGCCGGCCCUGGGAAAGUGCCCCGUCAUUGCCUCCCUCAGCCUGGGGGCCACCCGCACCUUCGAGAUGAGGAAGAAGCCGCCCCCGGAAGAGAAUGGGGACUAUACAUAUAUGGAAAAAGUAAAGAUACCCUUGGAUCAUGGCACCUUGUUGAUGAUGGAGGGAGCGACACAAGCUGAUUGGCAGCACCGGGUGCCCAAGGAAUACCAUUCUAAAGAAGCAAGAGUGAACCUGACUUUUAGGACCGUUUUCCCAGAGCCCAGUGGGGUGGCUUCAAGAGUGACCUAAGAGCCUUCUCAGAGCAGCUGCCCUUGGAACAACUGCACCUGUUGACAAUGAAGCAACCAAGGCCCAGAGAGACUGAGCGACACACCCAAUGUCAUACAAUAAUCAUGAUCAGAGAGAGGAUUUGAACUCGGAUCCUUGAACCCCAAAUCCAAAGCAUUGUUAGUUUCAUACUUAUGUUUAUGUACAUAUGCACGCAGAGACCUAUUUACUGUUUCACUAUUUAAAUUUUAUUUGGUGAUUAAAAAGCAUUUCUCUCUCCUGCA